CAGAGCUAAACCUUUCACUGAAAACACGAACCUGAAUGAUGUGUUCACGAAGAUGAUCGCUUCCUCAAGUGAGAUCGAUCUACUUUACAGGCUCACUGAAAAAGAAAAAACAGCUUCCUUUAUCGAUGGAGUUGUUCUGCAAAGUUCUGUGGAUACUGUACUUCAGAAUGCAGGAGCAGUUCCUCUUAAAGUCUGGCUCUAUCCUCUGAAGAAUUUGGACCAAUCAUCAGCUUGUGUUGUAAAAGACAUCAGUCAAGAUCAAUUAUAUAAAGCAGAGAACGUUCUGGAAAAACUAAAGAUGGACAUUAGCUUUUCUCAAACUCUGCUGUCUGUUGUUGUUGGUCAUGAUGUAUUUACACAAUUUCCAGCUGUGAAGGAUGCUCUGUCAGAGUUUUCUUCACUUCUGCAGCAGUACCAGUCCAUAUUUCAGAGAAAACUGGCCUCCUGUAUUAAGACCAUACGAGACACCGGAGCAUUAGAGGAAGAGGAGAAAUUACAAGAUCUUCUAGAUGAAAGCAACCAAUCGCUAUUCCGUUCAGAGUGCAGGCUCCAGUGGCUCCAAAAGAAAAACGCUCAAGUUACAGCUUUGAUCCAGUGUAAAUCUGCUAGCAUCAAAAUCCUGAACAAUCAAAAUGACUUACAGCGCUUUGUCCAGGACUGCCAAGCAGACAAAGUGUUGGGUUUCAUUUUUACCUCACUGGAGGGAGAAGAUCCGUUUCUUUCAGCUCUCGGCUCUAAAUCAGUAAACAUUAAGGAAUUGUACAGACUUUUGGAUACAACUCAGGAAAUCCUCUCUGACCUUCAUUCAUUUUAAAGAAAAACACAAGUGAGAGCAUACAAGAAACCAUGUUCAUUGCUGCAUCUGUAACUGAUUUCUGUUUUCCUGGUUCUGCGAUACAUCUUUACCAGUCUGGAGAGUUGGUCAGCCGGAAUGUAAAACUCCACAUAAAACCAAAUCCGUCAGAAAUAAUUAGAGUGCAACAGACUCGAGUGACGAUGAAACUGCAAAGUUUAAAGACAAAUACUCAAUAUUACAGAGUGGAGUAUAGAGCAGUGAAGGAAGACAGAAGUCCUAUAGAUAUAAAAUGGAGAGUCAUCUCUUGCACUGGCGAGAACUGUGUGGUUUCGCAUCUCGCGCCAGAAACUCAUUACCAACUCCGAUAUUCUCUAAUGGACAGUAAUGAAAUGACAGACUACAGCCAAGUUACAGAGUUCCAGACAGCCUACAGAGACAGACCUGGAGCACCGACAGUGCUGAAGCCGAAUAAGGACUCUCUGUACAUUGCCUGGCAGAGGGCCGAGAGUGAUGAAGACUCCCCUGUGCUCUACUACCUGGUGGAAUAUUUGGAGGCUGGGCUGGAGGGUUGGCAGUCCAUUCAAACCGAAGGGCCUGUGUGUGAGUGCAGAAUAAGUCUUCCAUACAGCACCUGUUACAGAGCCAGAGUCUCUGCUGUCUACAGAAAUGGAGACAUCAGCACUCCAAGUGAUGAAACAAAGGUUCCUGUUCGCGUAUGGUCCAUUGAUCUCUCUAAGAGAAAGGCCUCCAUCUUCCUGGAGGUUUUGCGACAAACAACAAAGAAAUGUGUAAAGCUUCGAGACUGCACAGGUGAAGAGUUUUCUCCUACAUAUCCCAGCUGAGUGUUGAUCCACCUCAGACUCUGAAAGAAUCACUCACACAAGGAGAAAAAAUAUGACGGCGUUCCUGAUAAAUCUUUGUCUGCAAGCAGCGAUCCAUCAGAAAGACAGCAUUCUGGAAACUGUACAGAAAUUGCCUUUACUCUGUUUCAAGACUUAUCGAGAGCAGUCUGAUUUUCUACUGGACCUGUACUUAUGUGUAACAGACUACGAGGCUCGAACAGGUCAGAAGGUCAGACCAGCCUUACAGGCUGUUUACCAGAAACAUCCAGAAGUCUGGUCUUUAAACCUGUCUGAGAAGAAAGUUUCAUUCUUCCUGGAAGUGCUGAAACUCCAGACGGUGAAGAAAGCAGUAGAGCUAAGAGGAUGGUCAGAGGAAGAGAAUGAAAUUAGGAGCCUUCUUCAGUGUCUGCCC